AUGGGGGAGGCCACCAGCGACAGGUCUGCAAAAGAAGAUUUCACCCUCAACAAAGCGAAAAAUACACGGGAUGAACUCUGCAGAGCCCUCAGUGGAGCCAAAGAGGAGCUUGGCCGCGCACUGGAGCAGUAUCAGGACUUGUUGAGUGUGAAGAUAACUCCUGACAUCGAGAUUGCCAUGCGCAGGAAGCUGCUGGAAGGAGAGGAGAGCAGUCUGGAUGUUGACCCCAAGAUCCAGAAGCUGCAAGUGCUGGAGACAGAGCAAUUCAAGGUCUUCACCAAAACCAUUGCCUCCGUUCUUUUCAAGAAGCAAUACUUGCUCAUGGGUGGAUAUACUGGGAAUGGGAGAAAAAGGAGAAUGGGAAGCUACGGGAGCUGCUUUCCUGUCUGUAGGAGGUUCUCCUGGUGGUGCAGUGAGGCAAGAUUUGGGGAUGGGAAUUUCAGUUCUUCUUCUGCUCACUGUGCCACGCUGGGUGGAGGGAGAAGUUCAUCCACCAUAAGCCACUGUGAAGACAACAGAGGAGAAGAAAGAUACAGUGGUUAUGGGUAUGGUUAUAGCAGCAGGAGUCUCCACAACCUUGGUGGGUUUAGGAAUGUUUCUGCUGGUGGAGGCUAUGGAGGAGAAGGAAGAGGAUAUGGAAGGUGCCUGGGAUUUGGUGGAAGGAGACAACUUGAUAGGGGCUUUGGCAGAAGAGGAUAUUUUGUGGGAGCCUUUCGAGGUGGUGAAGCAGGGCUCGGUAGCAUGUGUGGAGGAAGUUCAGGCAGGGAGGUACUUGGAGGAGGCCUCGGUAGAAGUGCCUUUGGUGAACAAGGGGCUGGACAGGGUUUUGGGCAGGCUGGUGUUAGCAGAGGCAUCGAGGAGGUCCGUGUCAACACCAACCUGCUGAGGCCAAUACAAGUACAAGUUGACCCCGAGUUCCAGAGAGUGCGGUCAGAUGAGAAAGAGCAGAUUAAGGCUCUCAACAACAAAUUUGCGUCAUUCAUCGAUAAGGUUCAAUGUCUUGAGCGGCAGAACCAGGCUCUGAUGGCCAAAUGGGAACUUCUGCAGCAGCAAAGUACCCGACCAGAAGAGAGCAGAAAUAUCACCUCUUUCUUCCAAUCUUACAUCAGCAACCUGCAGAGGCAGCUGGAAAUGCUCCAGAACCAGAAGGAGCAGCUGGAUCCAGAAGCGUAUAAUAUGCUUCAGCUUGUUGAGGAUUAUAAAAAGAGAUUCGAGGACGAGAUCAACAAGCGCGCAUCUAAGGAAGAGGAGUUUGUGGAGCUUAAAAAGGAACUGGACAGUGCCUACAUGGGAAAAAUGGAGUUUGAUGUUCGGGUGGAAAUACUGAAGCAGGAGCUUGAGUUCCUCAGGUGCUUACAUGAAGCUGAACUGUCCCAGCUGCAAACAGUAAUUGGCAACACCAGUGUCAUUCUGUCCAUGGACAACCGCAGAGAACUGAACAUGGAUGGCAUCAUUGAAGAAGUCAGGCAGGAGUAUGAGGCAAUUGCUCAGAGAAGCAAAGCUGAAGUAGAUGCCAUGUAUCAGGGCAGGUACCAGGACCUUCAGAACAUGUGGGUAAAUCAACGUGAGCAACUGAGGGGCAGUUACCAGGAAAUCCAGGAACUCAUCAGGCAGAUCCAAAGACUACAACCAGAAAUUGAAAUUGCAAGAAAAAAGAAUGCCAGCCUCCAAGAAACCAUUAAAGAUGCUGAGCAGCGUGGGAGCUCUGCCAUCAAAGAUGGCCAGCAAAAACUUCAGGAGUUGGAAAAUGCCCUGCAGGAGGCCAAAGAUGAUCUGACUCGCCUUCUUCAUGAUUAUCAGGAGCUCCUGAACGUGAAACUGGCCCUGGAUAUUGAAAUUGCCAUGUAUAGAUCGCUCCUCGAGGAGGAGGAGAACAGGUAG